AUGCGAUCGGCUCUUGACUCAGCCGUGAGUUCUCAGUGCGGGCGACAGCGCUGCUGAACAUGGCGUCAGACGGGAUGAUUUUAACGAACCACGACCACCAAAUCCGGGUCGGAGUCUUGACAGUGAGUGACAGCUGUUUUCGGAACCUGGCUGAGGACCGCAGUGGAAUCAAUCUCAAAGAUCUUGUGCACGACCCCUCACUGCUGGGGGGUAUGAUCACAGCCUAUAAGAUCGUGCCAGAUGAAAUAGAUGAGAUCAAGGAGACUCUUGUGGACUGGUGCGAUGAGAAGGAACUGAAUCUCAUCCUCACCACUGGGGGGACUGGCUUUGCUCCCCGUGAUGUCACACCCGAGGCCACUAAGGAGGUGAUAGAGCGUGAGGCUCCGGGGAUGUCCCUGGCUAUGUUGAUGGGCUCCCUCAACGUCACACCACUGGGCAUGCUCUCCAGACCUGUCUGCGGCAUCCGAGGGAAGACGCUGAUCAUCAACCUGCCAGGCAGCAAGAAGGGUUCCCAGGAAUGUUUCCAGUUCAUCCUGCCUGCUCUGCCUCACGCCAUCGACCUGCUGCGCGAUGCUGUGGUGAAGGUGAAGGAGGCGGCCGAUGAGCUGGAGGACCUCCCCUCGCCCCCACCGCCGCUGUCGCCGCCGCCCAACAGCUCGCCGCGCCGCCAGACGGAGGACAAGGGCGUGCAGUGCGAGGACGAGGACGAGGAGAAGAAGGACAGUGGCGUGGCCUCCACGGAGGACAGCUCCUCCUCCCACAUCACCGCCGCCUCCAUCGCUGCCAAGAUCCCAGAUGCCAUAAUCUCUCGAGGCGUGCAGGCGCUGCCCAGGGACACGGCCUCCCUGAGCACCACGCCCUCCGAGUCGCCCCGGGCCCAGGCCACCUCGCGCCUCUCCACUGCCUCCUGCCCCACGCCCAAAGCGCGACUCCCCUCCUGUUCAUCCACCCUAAGCAUUGCUGAGGCCUCACGGAGAGAAUUCAGGGCUCACCUGGAUGAGGUCAUCACGCUCAAGUCAAGGUACUCUACCUUGGACCAGCUCCAGUGUAGGUUGGAGGGGCUUAAAGAUGAUCGCAGGAGCCAUAGGACCUUCAGCUCUCGAGUGCAGUCACGAUGCAGCAGCAAAGAAAAUAUCCUAAGAUCAAGUCACAGUGCGGUGGACAUCACCAAGGUGGCACGAAGGCACCGCAUGUCUCCAUUCCCCCUCACCUCCAUGGACAAGGCCUUCAUCACUGUGCUGGAGAUGACUGCCGUCCUGGGCACCGAAAUCAUCAACUACAGAGAUGGGAUGGGUCGAGUCCUUGCUCAGGAUGUAUAUGCCAAAGACAACCUGCCACCCUUCCCUGCCUCUGUCAAGGAUGGUUAUGCUGUGAGAGCGGCUGACGGCCCUGGCGACCGCUUCAUCAUCGGAGAGUCCCAGGCUGGAGAGCAGCCAACCCACACGGUGAUGCCCGGUCAGGUCAUGAGGGUGACGACAGGUGCUCCCAUCCCGUGCGGGGCCGAUGCUGUGGUGCAGGUGGAGGACACGGAGCUGCUACGCGAAUCUGAGGACGGUACGGAAGAGCUGGAGGUGCGGAUCCUUGUGCAGGCUCGCCCCGGUCAGGACAUCAGGCCUAUAGGUCAUGACAUCAAGCGGGGUGAGUGUGUCUUGGCCAAGGGGACCCACAUGGGCCCCUCGGAGAUCGGUCUGCUCGCCACGGUCGGCGUCACUGAGGUGGAGGUUCAGAAGUUCCCUGUAGUAGCCGUCAUGUCCACAGGCAAUGAGCUGCUGAACCCGGAGGACGACCUCCACCCUGGGAAGAUCAGAGACAGCAACCGCUCCACUCUCCUGGCCACCAUCCAGGAGCAUGGCUAUCCCACCAUCAACCUAGGCAUCGUUGGAGACAAGUAUGACAACCCUGAUGACCUCCUCAAUGCCCUUAACGAGGGGAUCAGCCGUGCUGAUGUCAUCAUAACCUCAGGAGGUGUGUCCAUGGGAGAGAAGGACUACCUGAAGCAGGUGCUGGAUAUAGAUCUUCAUGCUCAGAUCCACUUUGGACGCGUCUUUAUGAAACCAGGUCUCCCAACAACAUUUGCAACCUUGGACAUGGAUGGUGCUCGGAAACUUAUCUUUGCCCUCCCAGGUAGUAACCCUGUGUCCGCUGUUGUGACAUGUAACCUCUUUGUCAUCCCUGCCUUGAGGAAGAUGCAAGGGAUUCUGGACCCACGGCCAACUAUUAUUAAAGCUAGGUUGUCGUGCGAUGUGAAGCUGGACCCUCGCCCUGAAUACCACCGCUGCAUUCUGACCUGGCAUCACCAGGAGCCUCUGCCAUGGGCACAAAGCACAGGGAACCAAGUGAGCAGCCGACUGAUGAGCAUGCGCAGUGCCAAUGGGCUCCUGAUGCUACCUCCAAAAACAGAGCAAUAUGUGGAGCUGCACAAGGGAGAGGUGGUGGACGUCAUGGUCAUCGGCCGGCUAUGAUGUCAUCAAAGGGAGACCAAGAGUUGGCUUCUUAUAGAGAGGGUCGGAAUGGGUGGUUCACGGUGCAUGUCCACAUAUCAUUGACUAUUCUGUAAUAUGCAAUGGCACAGCUAGUUUUUAUUGAUUUGGAUAAAGUCGAGGUAUAGUCAACAUCAUGAUCACAACCUAGAUACAAAAUAAAUUUAAAAUAAUUUAUUUAAAAAUAUUAUAGUAUUUCAAACAAAGAAAAUAUAACUUUUAAAGAAAAAAAUCGAAUUACAAAAAGAGAUUUAUUCUGUAAUAUAUUAUUAUGAUUCUUCUUCUUAUUAUUAUGAUUCUUCUUCUCCUUAUCAUUAUUAAAUUAAGGCUUUGUUCCUUUCAUUGCAAUUGCUUUGUGUGUUCAAUGCUAGACCUUAUCUAUAGCAGUAGCAUUUUAAUAGAGAGCUGUAGGUGCCUGCCAGGACAAAAAAAAGAUUAUACUUUUUCUCAGCUUUAGUGGAAAAAAUAAUCUGUUUUUUUGAAUAUGAAGAAAACAUUGAGGAAGACUCCAGAUUCCCACGGUGCUCAGUUAGAAGUAAGAGGGGGCAUAUCUAGGCCUCUUCCCCUUUGAGGUGACACUUCUAUUUUUCUCUCAUUAGUAUGCAUCAUAAUGGCUUCACAAAGAGCUUUGCUUGUUGUUUAUCUUGUGAGUCUUGUUUAUGUGCGCAGUGCCAAAAGCCUGGGCAGGGACGUGGUGGUGCUGGGAGAGGGGGCACACCCCACCCUGCCCAGACCCGGAAGCUUCCUUCUAUUCACCUGAUCAGGUGUAGCUCCGCCCCAACCUCCCAGGGGGGCGUGGCCGUUAAAACAAUAUUUUAUUUGAUCAAUUAUGAAAAAAGAAAGAAAAGAAACAGCUUCUUUAAGUGCUGACUGCCUUUUUAACCAACUUCACAAAAAAUGUACAGAAAAAAAUAAUAAGAACCAUAUUGUACAGAUAUAUGUGACCAGCACUCCUAAGUAAAUUAUUAAGCAAUGAGGAGACAUUGAACAACGCUGUACUAUAACAUUUUGUGUAAUGAUAUGAAACUAAUGAAAGAUACUAAGAUAAUAAAUCCCUUGAUCAUUAUGUAAAAAAAUGGUUCUUGUUGGGUUUCCUUUUUUAAUAAAAUGUAUCCAAAG